AUGAAGUUCUUUCACGCCUCUGGCCUCGCUCUCGCGGGGAGCACCCUCAUCUCGCCAGCUUCGGCUCACUCCUGGGCCGAGUGGGCUUCCAAACUCGCUCGAAAUGGCACCAUGAUCGGUAAAAUGGGAUACCCUCGUGGUUUCGUGCCUCGCGAUUCUACCAACCCCCCCUUUUCCGACACGAUCCCUCAGAAUAUUCUCCCUCAGGCAGGCCAGCCCGCUUACUCUGGUGAGGAGAUUCUGAACAAGUUCAAGCUCGAAAAGGACCCUCAAUUUCCCAUGCUUGAAGCCGCUGCUGGUGACUACAUUGCUAUUGUGCACCUUGAGAAUGGCCACACCACUCUCCCCGAGAACCAGCCUAACAAGCCCAAGAACCGCGGCACUAUCUACUUCUACGGCACCACUCAGCCCAAGGACGAGGAGAAGCUCUUCGAUGUUCACCUUCGCUGGAACAAGGAGGGCACCGGUGGUGACAAGCGUGGUAAGCUCAUCGCUACUCGCAACUAUGACGAUGGUCAGUGCUACCAGCCCAACGGUGGUCAGCUCAGCACCGGACGUUCCGCCGAGUUCAAGGACCAGGGAGCACUCCACGAGAAGGAGCUUGCCUGCCAGUCUGAUCUCAAGCUCCCUACCGACCUCAAGGCGGGUGACAUCUACACCAUCUACUGGUACUGGGACUGGCCCGAUCUGAACGCCGACAAGAUCGACAUGGAAGCCACCAAGAAUGGAAAGUUCCCCUGGGCUGGUUCCUUCAUGCGUGGAGACAAGGUCCCCAACGGCUUCACUAUGGAUGCUAUCGCGCGCAACGAAAGCUACUCGAGUGUCAUUGACAUCAAGAUCACUGGCUCUGAGUCCUUCGCCGCCAAGGAUCAGACCAUCCUUGAGUACGUCGAAAAUCAGAACAUUUACUCUGUCGGUAUUGAGGAGCAGAUGAGGUCCAACUUUCAAGUCGACGUUGACGGCGGCAAGGGUGGUGAUGCUCCCCCUCCCACGGCUCCUUCAUCCCCCUCUCAGCCUGCUCAGCCCACCGCUCCCGCACCUUCGGACGGAGGAUCUGGUAACGGCGACAAUGUUGCUACCGUGACUGUCACUGCGACUGUCAAGCCUUCUCCCAUCAUCUCCACUGUAUAUGUUACGGUUCCUACUGAGUCUCUCCCCGCUGUGUCUCCUGAGCCUGUGGAUGGAGAGGUCAGCACCAAGACCCUCACGACUACUGCCCUUGUCACCAAGACCAGGGGCCACUCUGAUGCUGUGCCUACUCCGCCUACUGCUUCGACUGUCUAUGAGACACUCUACACUACGCGACCCAAGGAACAGCCCACUGGAGGUGACCAGCCGCAACAGCCGCAGCCCUCCACGGUGAUUAAGACCAUUGUCACCCAUAUAAACACACCUUCCUCUACUGGAGAAGCCAAUGCUCCUCCUGCUCAACCCACGUUCCCCGGUGGCGAGUUCCGUGAACAACCUCCUGCCAACGAAGGUGCUCCAACUCAGCCUCAGGGUGAUGGCCCUCCUAUCCCAACGCCAUUCCUCCGCAGCCGCCGGAACUGGGUCUUUGGCAACUUUUAG